AAUCACUAAAACUAAACUUUUCGUCAACAUGUUUCCUUGAGUUCUUUUUAUCAUUUUAACAGUUUGAGCUUACAGUCCAGUAAAAAGGGAAAAUAUAUGAAAAAGGGAAAGUGAAAGGGAGUUGCGAGUAGUGUGUAUUUUUACUGUAUGCAAAUUAUGUGUGCAAUUGCAGCUGUAACAGCUCCCUAGCUGCUUUGUGAUAUCAGUGACGCCAUGGAGAGGGACAUCAGCAAGAGAUACCAGUCACCACUGGCCUCACGGUACACAUCACCUGAGAUGAAUUACAACUUUAGUGACCAGAAGAAGUUUUCAACCUGGAGAAAGCUUUGGCUCUAUCUUGCUCAAGCAGAAAAGGAGCUGGGUCUGCCGAUCACUGACGCCCAGCUGGAGGAGAUGGCCGCCCACCUGGACGACGUCGACCUGGCCGCCGCCGCCGAGCACGAGCGACGCGUGCGGCACGACGUCAUGGCGCACGUGCACACGUUCGCGGCGGCGUGUCCGCAGGCGUCCGGCGUCAUUCACCUGGGCGCCACCUCGUGUUUUGUGGGCGACAACACGGACCUGCUGGUGCUGCGGGAUGGCCUGGACAUCCUGCUGCCGCGGCUGGCGCGCUGCCUGCAGAGGCUGGCCGCGUUCGCCGAGCGGCACGCCGCGCUGCCCACACUGGGUUUCACGCACCUGCAGCCGGCCCAGCUGACCACGGUCGGCAAGCGCGCCUGCCUCUGGCUGCAGGACCUGCUGCAGGACGAGGCGGCGCUGCGCCAGCUGCGGAGCCAGCUGCGCUUCCGCGGCGUCAAGGGCACCACCGGCACGCAGGCCUCGUUCCUCCAGCUGUUUGACGGCGACCACGACAAGGUGCAGCGGCUGGACCGCCGGGUCACUGAGCUGGCCGGGUUCAGCUCGUGCUACACCAUCUGCGGUCAGACGUACCCGCGUAAAGUGGACGUCCAGGUGGUGCAGGCCCUGGCAGCGCUCGGCGCCACCGCGCACAAGAUGUGUACCGACAUCCGGCUACUGGCCAGCAUGAAGGAGCUAGAAGAGCCCUUCGAGAAGUCGCAGAUCGGCUCAUCAGCGAUGCCUUACAAACGGAACCCCAUGAGGUCAGAGCGGUGCUGCGCGCUGGCCCGCCACCUGAUGACUCUGCCGUCCAACGCACUUCAGACGGCCGCCACCCAGUGGAUGGAGCGCACUCUGGACGACUCGGCCAACCGCCGGAUCACGCUCUCGGAGGCGUUUCUGUCGGCGGACGGCGUACUGAUGACGCUGCAGAACAUCUGCGAGGGACUGGUGGUCUACCCGCGCGUCAUUGAGCGCCACGUGCAGCAGGAACUGCCCUUCAUGGCCGCCGAGAACAUCAUCAUGGCCAUGGUCAAGGAGGGCGCCGACAGACAGGAGUGUCACGAGCAGCUGCGGGUGCUCUCGCAGGCGGCCGGAGACCGGGUCAAACAGGAGGGUCUCGAUAACGACCUGGUGAGCCGGCUGCGCCAGUCGGACUACUUUGCGCCAGUGCACGCCCGGCUGGAUAGUCUGCUGGACCCGGCCUCGUUCACCGGCCGAGCCGAACAGCAGGUGUCUAAGUUUCUCUCUGAGGAGGUGGCGCCGGUGCUGAGCCUGUACCAGGGACAGCUGGAGGGCUCCGCAGAGCUGAAGAUCUGACCGCGCCGGCCCGGUCAGCGGCGAGGGACACCCACACUCGGUCGGUCUGAUGUGCCAAGGAGGAGUCAAUGGACCUGACGGGACGGGGUCGAAACUUAUAAGACAUAUAUGGGCCAGUCUGUAGUUUGUAUCACGUAUGUAUGGGGCAUUGUAUGGGGCAUGAGUGCAGUGAGUACCCAGAGGAUAUAUUUUCUGAGAUUUCAGAAUUGUGACAAUUUGCUGUGGACUGAAUUACGCCCCAUCUGGAUGAAUCCAAGAAUUGGGCAAUGGACAUGAAUAACUGUGCAAUAUCAUUUCAGUUUUGUUUUUUUUUUACCCGAAAAAUAUAGAAACGAGAUCCG